CUUUACUAUGUCCGAUUCAAAGUCUCCCUCCCACUGUGGCCGCCCAAGAGGAGCUCCUCAUUCACCGGGCAAGCAACCCUCCCAUUGACGCUUGAGAGCGACCUGUAGCAGCUCGCUUGCGCACUUCUCCUACCAGAGCUCUCCAAGUCCUGCGACUUCCAACGCAUCAGCGUCCUCUGUGACCUUCACCCACGGACAUCUGCCACGCGACGCUUAAGAGUCUCUUGAAAGCACUGUCUACACCGCAGCUCUGCUGGCACGGAUAGCGCAUUCGCCAUGGUGUGGCCAUUCAGCUCUACGGGCUCGAGCGCCUCUUCCUCAGGCAUCCGCGAUGCUCAGAAUCCGAGCGGUGGAGCUGAGCCAGUGUGGUCAGCUUCCGAGCCUUCAUCAAGCAGCUCCACAGGCGCCGCCUACUCGACUCCGGCAUCGUCACAGGAUGUACCGACGUCGUCGGGCGUAUCGGAAGGCACAGCUCCCGAGCCCGUUCGCAGGCCGACCACGCUACUCUCCUUGACCAAUCCAGCAUACAUGUCUGCUAGGUAUCAAUUGGCAGGUCUGAGGAGCACGGAUCCUAACGAUCCCAAUGCGCAACACAACAUCGAGUACCUAGAUAUUGCCGAUGGUGCGCCCAGCACAUUGGAAGGCGGAAGAACCGCGCUGCCGAGCAGAGGGUGGAGCGACGACCUUUGCUACGGCACCGGCACAACGUAUCUGAGCGGCUUGGCGCUAGGUGGUCUUUUAGGUGCACGGGAAGGUCUGACUCGACCUCUAGGAGUGUCUAAUCCGACUUUCCGCUUGAGACUGAACGCUGUGCUCAACCAGGUCACACGGAGAGGAGCGUUCUUCGGCAACAGUGCUGGUGUCAUUGCUCUCAUCUACAACAUAUCCGAUGCAAUCAUCGAUAAGAGCAGGGGAAAGCACGACAUGUUGGGCAGUGUGGCUGCGGGGGGUAUCAGUGGAGCUUUGUUUAAAGUCACAGCGGGCACCCGUGCGAUGGCCAUCUCUUCAGGACUCAUGAUGGGCGCGGCUGCAACGUGGACGGCAGCUAAGGCAGCAUUCUUGUGAUUUGGACAAGCGCUCACUUGCGCAAUGUCCAGAUGGGAUACGGAUCAUAGAUCGACACCACCACUCUGACCUCUUUUGAGACUGGCAGUAUAGAAGUGGAAAGCUAUUGCGCAAUACGAUGGAAGUCACGAGCGGGGCGAAUAGUGCGGGAGGCCCGUCGGACAGCAGGCCGCGUCCUGAUUUUGGAAAGAGAGACAAAUUUCACUAGAAGUGCGGGAUGGCUAGCUGACGCUUUCUCCGUCACACAGUCGAGAGCUUGGACGGCAAUAGCGGCCUGUACACAGAUGGGCUGAAGCCAUGUUAUUUCGGAGGUGGUGGUGGUUUGCUUUCGGCAGCAGGAUCAGGGAUGUUCGGGACGCUGUGAUAGCUCAUAUGUCGUCAGUCGCCUGUGCUAGUUGGGUGGAGGUCAAUUGUCAGGGCGAGUCUUGAUGCGAGCAGACCUUUCGCCGACCAUCGAGGACAACAUGUAAAGACGAGUGGGUUGUUCAACGCAAG